AUGGCACCCAGGUCACGACCGCUGCUUAUGAUAGGGGCCGUGGUGGCGGCCCUCAUUGGCUCGAGAAGUUUCGUCGCGCCGCGGCAGUCGCAGGUACGCGUCCCGAAUGUCUCGCGUCCGGCCAGGGGUCUGGACGGGAGGAUAAAGCAGCAAGAGUACAAAAUCAACGAGGAGAUUCGGGCCAAUGAGGUCCGCGUCGUUGGCAUUGUCAGUGACAAGCUUGAGACAGGUGCCACUCGCAUGGAGGAGAUGAAUGAGAUCAUGUCUCUUCGAGAUGCGAUGGAGAUAGCGCAAAGCAAAGGGGUGGAUGUGAUCCUCAUCAACGAGGAUCCGGACCCUCCGCUGGUGAAGAUCUUCAGUGUUGGCAAAUAUGUCUACGAGGAAAAGAAGCGAGCAAAGGAGAUUGCGAAGAACAAAGCUCCGAAGAUCAAGGAGGUGAAGAUCACCUACACGAUCGGAGAUCAUGAUCUCAACACAAA